UUUUUAUCUCUUCCUUCUUGAAAAAAAAUCGAAACCAAGAUGAUAACUUUAUUAACUUGUAUCUACAUCAAAUAGCAUGAGAGUAUUUCGGUUCCUGAGUAGUGCUUGUAGCAUUGUCCUUCUUGUGGGUUUCUUAGUGUACGUAGUAUUCGCCUUUAUUGCUACCCAGUCCCAAUUCGAUCAACUCGGUAAUUCUUCAGUUGCGUUUGGUAGUGAUGACUGGGAAGAUGACGUGGUUCCCGAGGGUAGCCAAGAAAAGCACACUGGCGAUACCUGGAAAGACUGGAGACGUUUCUUGGAAGAAUUUGUCAAUAAACUGCACUCACCAGCUUUAAGCCCGGAAAGAUAUGGCGUUGUGUGGUAUGGCCCCAGUUUACGGCGUCGCCCAUCUCUUUCUGAAGACAUGUACACCCGUAUGAGGUGCGUAAUACCAACUACUAUUCAACUACCAAUUUCAAGCAGCUUCAAAGAUACAAUAAAAAGCAUUGUCCAAUCAGACAAUCGACUCACGAUACUAGAGAUGUUUGAAAUUCUGUGAAAGGUCAAGGGUGACGAUGUUGAAAUGAAAUUCUUGAUUGUGAUAUCUUCAUUAUUGUAAGUCAUGGGCUCAUGAUCCCAACUCUUGUCAGCAAAGACCAACAUUCUCAUGGACUAAUGCAGAGCAAGUUUACGAUGACUUGGGCAUCACUGAGACAUGCCUGAAUGAAAAUCUGAUGAAGCCCUCGUUACAAACAUGUUCGAGUAUGCUUCAUUAGCAAUAAUAUGAUGCUACGUACUUCCCCGGAGAAGUAGAACUGGAGUCAAUGACGGAACAGUUGAGCAGUCAAGGCUUGCUAGACCAUCGUUUUAAGUAUAGCGCAGAAGAUCGAAAUACCGAUUUAUGUAAGAGGCAUAACUAGUAAUUUGCUUCCCUAUAUUCGACUACACUUGAAUCUGACGGUAAGAAAGAGUAGCAAGAGCUAACUUAACAGCGUAGAUUACUGA